GACAUUGACAGCAAAGAAGAAUUACAAGCCAGACCGGAAUGGGAACAGUGUUGUAUCUCAUGAAGAUGCCUUCAAGCUGUGGUGUCUCUUUAAUUUCUUAUCAGAAGACAAGUACCCUCUUGUUAUGGUGCCAGAUGAGAUCUUGGAUCACCAUGAUUACAUUCAUCUCAACACAGUAUUCAAGAAGUGUCUCCUUAGCACCAGCAGGAAGUAUUAAUAGUAAUUCGUAUUAGGCCAUUGUUGGUGUCUAUUCCACAACUUUUGACAAAUAGUGAUUCUUCAGAAUCCUGCUUUUGUCUUGACAGUUAUAGUAAUUAUUUUACAAUAAAAUAUUAAUUCAUAUGAUUGAUAAUGAUGUCUAUCAAUGAUUAUUAUGAAGACAUUUUUUUCUGGAACAUCCAUAUUAGAAAAUGUAAAGGUGGAAUAUCUCCUGAAGAAGAUCUGCACAGCCAUGAGCAUUGAGCUCAACAGUGGAGAGUUGGAUGACUACUACCUUUCUCAAGAGACCCAGCAGCAAAGUGGUUUGACAGUUUGGCAAUUCCUUGAAUUGGUAAAUUCAGGCCGGUUCCUCCGAGGAAUAGAGCGUGAGGCCAUCAGUAUGGCCAUUGAAGAGGUCUACCAGGAGAUCAUUGGGGAUGUAUUGAAACAGGGCUAUCUAUGGAAGAAAGGUCAAUUGAGGAGGAACUGGUCAGAGCGAUGGUUCACCCUAAAGCCCAGUGAUCUCUCUUACUAUGUGAGUGAGGAACGAAAGGAGAAAAAGGGGAGCAUUUCUCUGGACAGAAAUUCCUGUGUGGAGAUCAUACCUGACAAAGAUGGGAAACGGUGUAUGUUCUGCGUGAAAACAGCUUCAAGGACAUAUGAAAUGAGUGCCUCAGACACCAGGCAAAGGCAGGAGUGGACGCUUGCUAUUCAGAUGGCAAUUCGUCUCCAAGCUGAGGGCAAGAAGUCUCUGCACAAGGAUUUAAAGCAGAAGAGACGGGAACAACGAGAGCAGCGAGAGCGCAAGAAGGCUGCCAAGGAGGAAGAACUGCAGCGCCUCAAACAGCUGCAGGAAGAGAAGGAGCGCAAGUUGCAGGAGCUGGAGCUGCUGAAGGAGGCUCAACGGCAAGCAGAGCUUUUGCUCCAAGAAGAAGAGCAGCAGCGCCAGCAGCAACAUGAGGAAAUGCAGAAGAUGUUGGAGAUACAACUAAGGGAAGCAGAACAGGCUCGUGCUUCCAUGCAGGCUGAGAUGGUUUUGAAAGAGGCAGAAGCAGAACGUCAGCGCAAGCGCAUCAUAGAACUAGAAGAAAUGCAACAACGGCUUCAAGAUGCACUGCAGCAGGAGGUUAAAGCUCGCCAGGAUGAAGAAGCCGUGAGAUAUGCACAAGCUAGGCUGCUGGCUGAAGAGGAGGAAAAAUUGAAGCAACUGAUGAAGCUGAAGGAAGAGCAAGAGGAAUACAUCAUCAAGACUCAGCAUGAAAAGCUGGUACUCAAGCAAGAGAUGGAAAACAAGAGCAAAUUUCUGGAAGAGGCCCAACAGCAACUAGAAGAAGUGAGAUUUAACAGAGAGAGAAUGGAUCAAGAUGUUAUGAUGGCCCAACGGAAGCUCCAACAAGCCAGCACCAAUGUAAAGCACUGGAAUGUCCAGAUGAAUCGACUAAUGCACCCCAUUGCACCAGGCGAGAAGCGUACAGUGACUAGUGGAGGGUUCCCUGGCUUUAGUCCUGCACUUCUUUCCAGGAGAGAUUCCUCUCUUAAACUGAAGCUGAAUUUGGAAAAGAAGAAAUCUGAUGCUACAAAGGAUGAUGAGAGGAAGGAAAACAUAAAUGGAGAGACUGAGAAACAGCUGCCAGUGCCUGAAAAGGAUAACCCCAACCCAGAAACUCUCUGAUUAGGAACAGGACAGAGGCAAGCCUACUUGUUUAAAUUUAGAGACCAAGUAGUAAACAUCGUGGCAGCUUAGCAAUAACUAUAGAACAUAUAGAUUUGAAAACUGGACAGAUGUGAAGACUACAUAGGAAAGACUAUAUAGGGAUUAUGGCAAUGAUUCUACCCAUUCUGAGCCCAGGGCUACACUGGCAACAUGCUUGGUGUACAAGAGCUACAUCUGAUGGACGUGGACAAAAUGGAACCUUCCUAACCCCUCAGUACAGAACUAUUGGAUUACAGCUCUCCCUUGGCACAUUCUUUAGGGUUUCAGCAGAUGGAGAAAAGUCCCGAUCACAUUGACUGUUACCAUAAUGUGCUGUUACUUGCAUGAGGAAUUCCUAACAGCUGUUAUUGCUGGUAACCACUGUUGCAAUAUGUCAAGAUGCCUGUUUCUCUUUUUAAAACAUUUGUAAAAUAUACCUUUUGCACUAUUUUGAGUUGAAAUAUGUUAUAAAAAGGCUGAGUCCUGCUCUUUUGGGGGA